AUGCAGGUCCCCAGCCCCAGCGUGCGCGAGGCGGCCUCCAUGUACGGCACAGCGGUGGCCGUCUUCCUGGUCAUCCUGGUGGCCGCACUGCAGGGCUCGGCACCCCCCGAGAGCCCCUUCCCCUACCGCAUCCCCCUGGACCCCGAGGGGACCCUGGAGCUGUCGUGGAAUGUCAGCUACGUGCAGGAGACUGUCCACUUCCAGCUCCUGGUGCGGGAGCUCAAGGCCGGUGUCCUGUUUGGGAUGUCGGACCGUGGCGAGUUGGAGAACGCCGACCUGGUCGUGCUCUGGACCGACGGGGACAGUGCCCACUUUGGGGACGCCUGGAGUGACCAGAAGGGGCAGAUCCAUCUGGACGCCCAGCAGGAUUACCAGCUGCUGCGGGCACAGAGGACCCGGGAAGGCCUGUCCCUGCUGUUCAAGAGGCCCUUUGGCACCUGUGACCCCAAGGAUUACCUCAUCGAGGACGGCACCGUCCACCUGGUGUACGGCAUCCUGGAGGAGCCGUUCCAGUCGCUGGAGGCCAUCAACGUCUCCAGCCUGCAGACGGGGCUGCAGCGGGUGCAGCUGCUGAAGCCCAACAUCUCCAUCCCGGCCCUGCCCUCAGACGUGCGCACCAUGGAGGUCCGCGCCCCCGACGUCCUGGUCCCCGGCCGGGAAACCACGUACUGGUGCCACAUCACCGAGCUCCCCGACGGCUUCCCUCGGCACCACAUCGUCAUGUACGAGCCCAUCGUCACCGAGGGCAACGAGGCCCUGGUGCACCACAUGGAGGUCUUCCAGUGCGCAGCCGAGUUCGAGAGCUUCCCCCACUUCAGCGGGCCCUGCGACUCCAAGAUGAAGCCGGAGCGGCUCAACUACUGUCGCCACGUGCUGGCCGCCUGGGCCCUGGGCGCCAAGGCCUUUUACUACCCAGAGGAAGCCGGCCUUGCUUUCGGGGGCCCUGGGUCCUCCAGAUUUCUCCGCCUGGAAGUCCACUACCACAACCCGCUGAUGAUAAAAGGCCGGCGCGACUCCUCGGGCAUCCGCCUGUACUACACGGCCACGCUGCGGCGCUUCGACGCGGGCAUCAUGGAGCUGGGCCUGGUGUACACGCCUGUGAUGGCCAUCCCCCCGCAGGAGACGGGCUUCGUCCUCACCGGCUACUGCACGGACAAGUGCACCCAGCUGGCUCUGCCUCCUUCCGGAAUCCACAUCUUCGCCUCUCAACUCCACACGCACCUGACGGGCAGGAAGGUGGUCACGGUGCUGGCCCGGGAUGGCCGCGAGAAGGAGAUUGUGAACAGAGACAACCACUACAGCCCUCACUUCCAGGAGAUCCGCAUGUUGAAGAAGGUCGUGUCCGUCCACCCGGGAGACGUGCUCAUCACUUCCUGCACAUACAACACGGGAGACAGGAAGCUGGCCACCGUGGGGGGCUUCGGGAUCCUGGAGGAGAUGUGCGUCAACUACGUGCACUACUACCCCCUGACGCAGCUGGAGCUCUGCAAGAGUGCCGUGGACCCCGGCUUCCUGCAGAAGUAUUUCCACCUUGUGAACAGGUUCAACAGCGAGGAAGUCUGCACCUGCCCUCAAGCCUCUGUCCCUGAGCAGUUUGCCUCUGUGCCCUGGAACUCCUUCAACCGCCAAGUGCUCAAGGCUCUGUACAGCUUUGCCCCCAUCUCCAUGCACUGCAACAAGUCCUCGGCUGUCCGCUUCCAGGGUGAGUGGAAUCUGCAGCCCCUUCCCGAGAUCAUCUCCAAGCUGGAAGAGCCCACCCGCCACUGCCCAGCCAGCCAGGGUCAGAGCCCCGCCGGCCCCACCAUGGUCAGCAUCGGCGGGGGCAAAGGUUGA